AUGUACCACGUCUAUUCUCUACCUCCUGAACUUUUACAGAAUCUCACUUCUAGGAACCUUCUCUUAUCGUCUCAAGUAGAACCCGAAGUAUUCAACGAGCCUCCUUCCGUAACCGCGACCACCAACGUGGGCCCCAGAACUUGCAAUGUCUGCUUAGGAAUCUCUUUUGUCGAUGUUGAUCAACAGCGAGCACAUUUUCGAUCAGAUUGGCAUCGAUACAACGUUAAAGCCAGGCUAAACGGUGGAAAACCAGUCAAUGAACAAGACUUCACACAACUCUUAGAUGGUGAGGGACCAGUCGAAUUGUUUUAUACACGACGUAAAUUAAUGAAGAGAUGUCAUUCCCCAAAAGCCCUUGAGGACUCUAUUUCUGGCUCAGAAUCAUCAGACGAAUCAGACGGUUCUUCUGACUUAGACACCAUCGCAGCCUUGAUUAACAAACAACGAAAGACACAGCCUGAAUCCCCUACAGCUUCCAAUGGCCCCACCAUUCCCCAGAUGCCUGUUGCCUGGUUUCAUUCACCUCCGGAUACUCAGAUUGGCGUGUAUCGAACCUUAUUUCCCCUAGGCACACCCCAAGUUUCCUACGUUGCAGCUUUACACGAUCUCCAGAAGAAGACCCCCGGCGGUCGGAAAUGGGCGAUGUUCAUGGUCGCCGGUGGACACUUUGCUGGUGCAGUGAUCAGCGUGAGCAAGCCCGAAGGAGAAGAGGGAGAGGAGAAGAAUACUCGUUCGAGAAAGCCCAAAGCGCAGAAACCUGAUAAUGAAGUACUGGUGCAUAAAACCUUUCAUCGAUACACAACAAGGCGAAAGCAAGGAGGCUCACAGUCUGCGAACGAUAACGCGAAGGGUCCCGCAAAAAGUGCCGGUGCACUCCUGCGUCGGUACGGUGAACAAGCCUUGCGCGAUGACAUUCGAAAUCUCAUUGAAACGUGGUCGGAUGAAAUCAAUGACUGCGAGUUGAUUUUCAUUCGUGCAAGCGUAUCGAAUCGCAAGAUAUUCCUGGACUACGAUGGUUGUGUCAUCUCAAAGGGUGACAGCCGUCUCCGAACUAUCCCCUUUCCGACUCGCAGACCUACGCAAUCGGAAAUCACCAGAUGCCUCAAGGAGUUGACGAUUGCCAAAAUUUCACAUCUUACUGAGGACGCCCUGCGUGCUCAAGACGACGCAUAUCUCGCGUCAUUACCAAAGCCCAAACCGGCACCUUCUAUUGUAAACGCCCCGCCAGAGCGACCCAAAGCGCCCCAAUUACCUAAGCUCACGAAAGAGGAAGAACAAUUGAGGGAACGAUGGGGCCGCCUUCUGGAAAUGGUCAUCAAAGGUCGACUGGAAUCGUUGAAGUCGUUCUGGGUCCGCGAUGGUACCCAUCUCGGUGAUGAUGAAGGUUCGAUCGAUAUUCAAAUACCUGACUGGGCAGACACUACCAGCAACGAGAAGCCCAGAACACUUCUCCAGCUUGCUUCGCAUGCAGGGCAAGAUGCUGUCGUGGCAUGGCUCUUGGAAGAGAUGCACGCCGACCCUACGAUUAGCGUGUUGUCGCCUCUUGAUGCAGGAGACGAUGAGGAGAGUUUCAAAUCGAAACUAGUGGCUUAUGAUCUGUCGCGAAACAAACUUACGCGAGACGCUUUCCGUCGAUCUGCUGCUGCUCACCCCGAUUGGUGGGAUUGGUUUGGAAAGGGGCAUCUACCAAGUGCGCUGCAUAGGGAAAUGGAGGACGAGCGAGACGAAAAGAAGAAAGCUCGGAGAAAAGGGCUGAAAGAUCGAGUCAAGGAACGUGAGUCACAAGAGAAGGAGAAGACUAAAGAACUUGAGGUUGUGCAGACGGAAAUAUCACUACCACCUCCCGCUACGACAGGACCCACAAGGCUUGGCGGAAAUGCAGGAGAUGCGCAAGGAUUGGCGGGAUUGACUCCAGUGAUGAGAGCAAAGAUAGAGAGAGAGAGAAGGGCGAGAGCUGCUGAAGCUCGACUGGGGAAGUUGAGUGGUUCGUGA